AUGCGACUGUACUUUUUCAUUUUGCUGACGGCCUUGAGUUGUGCACAUUCCGUGCGCGACAUUGUCGAUGACGACGAGGUGCUCGAAUCACAUGAAGCAAAGGAAAGGCAAGCUGCCAGACACGGGCCCUCCAGACACGAGGCCGGGGGCAGUGGCCCCGAGCCUCAGGCGGCUGACGACAGCGGCCUCGACGAGGAUGAGGACGAGGAUGCCGGUGGGUCGGAGAGAGAAAAGGAUGCAUUCGAAGGCACGGCCGAGGAUAACGUUCAGAUCGAGGGUGCCGUGGAAGAGUUCAACGACGCUACGAAGGACGCGGAGAAGAAAGCCAAGUUGGUAGACAAGAAUUUCGCCAAGUACAACGGGAGGUUGGGCGAGCUUCAAGAUCAGUUGCGCAAAUUAUCAGCCAUGGCGAGAAGCUACCACCUGCAGACGAUCAAGUGGUUCAAGAACGCUGAGCAAGACAAGUACUCUCCCAUUGCCAACAUGCCGCUGGACACGUUCAAAAUAUCAAAAAGCAAGGACGAUUUUCCUUUGGAGUCUGUGUCGUAG